AUGAGCUACCGAUGCACCAUGCGCGUAAGUCCAAACUCCCACGACCUCUUCGCAGGUAACAACUUCAGCGGGACGCAUUACCUGAACGCAGACCUGCAGGUCAUGAGGACGGAGUGGCUGAUGACCUGUCGCAACGGUUCCUGUGGCCGCUUCGGGCCCAGCCCAACAUCUGUUGGCAUUAAUGCGCACGGACGAGAGCAGGCGAUGUACCAAACGAGUGCCAAUGAGCGGUUGCCACCUGGCCCUGGAAACGCAAAGGCUGUGCAAUGCCAAAAGCUGCCUUUGCACCAAGUCGUCUUCAACGAAACCUGGGCAGAUGCAGCUGAGUACCGGGGUGUUCACUACCUGGAUGGCCAGCUAUGCCACCGCUGGUCCAACACAGUGCCCUGGGCAGUGCAGCGAGUGCAGCGGAUCUCGGAUUUUUACUCCGACUUCUACACCAACCUGCCGGUGGCCUCGAUCAGCGAGGACGGUGUGAUCGACCUGCGCUUCUUCGAUUUAAACGUGAAGCCGAUGCCCGAGGCACUGUUUGACCCGACCGGCUUGCACUGCACGGACUGCAGCGAUGAUGGAUGCUUGCAGAGAGUAGUGCUCGUGUAG